AUGGAUCCCAAACCCAACGCAACUCUCGAUUCAAAGUAUGAGAAACUUUACGCAGAGGUGGUUGCUCUUCGGCGGCGCUUGACCAUCCUGGAGAAAAGGAUGCACGACGGGCAGCAACAUACAGCAAUGCAUGAUCAUGAUCGGGCCAGUCCGGGGAUGGUCCAGGAUAUUGGAUCUUUCGGUGGCGUGAAGGGGAUACAAACUUCCGGGAGCCGCCGCCUGAAUCGGAGGGGGGGGAUGGGUGUUAUAGCAUCGUCGCAGACCGAUGAGAUAGAGCUCACUGCGCCCAUCACGGCCUCGCCACUUUCGUCGACUAGGGGUAUGAUCCCUUCCCCUCCAACUGCUUCUCCCAACAACCCGCCCAUUCGCACACCAUCGCGAACCUCCUUCACCUACGCAGACGUGAGCGGAGUGGCAGACAGCCCCACAGAAUCUGAGCAUACCUCCUCGACACCGUAUAAGAAGCGAUCCAGGCCGCAGUCUCAGGCCACCCAUGACUAUGCUCGGCCUACACCAGUCGAUCCCAAUGAUAGCCCGACCGAGUCCGAGCACACUGAUUCGACACCUUACAAGAGACGGGUUCCAAGGGUUGAUAUACGAGCAAACCAGUCUCAUACCGCCCCCGCAUCCGCUCCAAUAUUGAGCAGUAGCCCCACGCUAUCUGAGGCCAGCACCCCGACGGCGUAUACGAGGAGACUUAGAGGAGGCGGACCUGUCUCAUUCGUACAGUCGACCGCGCAUCGCAAUACGUCGGUAACUGGACGAAGGCGAGCGGUCCGCAGAAAUGGUAAUGAUUCAAUGUCGCUGUCGGGGGAGAUGCGUCGUGUCAAACCAUUGCCGGCGCCUUUCUUUGGGUCAGUUCGGAGAACGACAUCAGACGAUGAGUAG